AUGGUAAGCGAAGAACCAGACUGCGGAACUUCGCCAUCGGGCGACAGCGCCUCCUUUGCAGGUGCGGUCGAAAAAGGCCCCAGCUGCACGCGUUCUGGGGUCUGCGAACCCCACGCAGCAGAGCCGCUCCAACGGACCUUCAACCACGUCUACCGCGCUUCACAACUGAAUGCAGCUCCCGUCUCAGAUGCAUUCGGCCAUCACGCGAGUCAAGCUCCAGGAAAGGGACCAGCCGGUUCGACCUCUUUUCUAACCUAUGGGAGAGCACUGCCCGCGUCGUGUUCAGAAAAUCCGUCCUUUGCGCGGCCGUCCCCCUCGGCGAUGGCCACAGAAGAGCAUUCCUCUCUUGUCGCCACUCUCCCCGCUGACUACGCAUGCGUGUUGCAGUCCCAGUCCACUUGGACGUCCUCGGUGCCUGGUCUCCCGGGCGGCGCUGGUGGAAGGGUGCGGGCUCUGGCCCGCAUCAAGGCGCAGGCAGCCGAGCGCAUGCGGAGGAAAGCAAAAGAAAUCCGAGCUCCGCCUGAUGGCGGUGAUUUCUUCUCGGAUUCAUCGGAAGGUUUGACAGCGAAGGACGAGCCGACAUCGGACUCGCCCAGCAGUCUGUCGGAGGCUGCGUCGUCUCGGUCCAGUUCGUCUGACAACACGUCUUCUUCCGGUGUAGCUACACCUGACAACAGAAGCGUCCCGAGCAGUGUCGAGAGCAAGCGGCCGGCCGACCGUGAAGCGGCGGGCUCCUCUAGCGAAACCAGCGACGACAGUCUGUUUUCCGAUAACCGGACGUCAGACGACUCCAGCGAGGCGAACGAUGGCGCUCGAACCCCCAGGCCGACUGCGCGGGCGGAUCUUUUCUCGCUGUUUCGCGCGCGUGUGCCGGUGACAGGCCUGGGACGGCCGGGGACGGGACGACGGUCCAGCGAGCGCGGCGGCGAGUCAAGCAGAUACCUACGCACGGCCUCAUGGAGAGCGCGACACGGGCGGAGCAGCGGAUCUGCAAACAACUCCCUGACCACGAGCCAGAGCAGCUUUCAGUCGUCUGUGGCGUUCACGUCGAGUGAAGACACGAACGUUUCGUCCGACACUAGUGUCGUCACCAUGGAGAUGAAAACGGCUGAAGGCAGCGACACAGAUGUGGAGCAUCCAAGAGAGAGGGGGACUGGAGCCACUGGGCUGUCGCACGUUUUUCAACGCCGACCGGCGUACCACUCGCGGUCGCCGACCUCUGUCUCCCCGUCCCCUGGACUCAGCGGGAACAUGCAUUCCUCGGCGCGCCGCCGACACCGCGCGAGGAAUCACCGUUCGCUUCCUCGUCACCCCUGCAGAGUUGUUCCGCCCAGGCGGCUCGCGCCGGCUCUGCGAAAAACGUUUCUCUCUUCCACGUACAGUUCCCACGCUUCUCGUUCGCUCUCUGCAAGUUUCCGAGCGGCGAGCUUCGGGUCUGGCGAGCUGCGCGCGUCGCCGCACUCGCUGGGCCGCGUGCGCGUCGCGCAAGGGGCUCGCACAGAGAGGCGCGCGCGGCGCUCCGGGAGGGUGCCUGCGCUUCGUCUCCACUUGCUGUCGCGAGCCGCGAGUCUUCAGAGGGCGGACACAGGCGUCGGCGAGCGGCGGAGAAAGGGGAUUGGGAGCGAGACACAGUCGGCCAGCAAAAGCAAGGCCGCCGGCUGGCUGCGACUCUUCACGCCGCUCUUUGGCAUCCAGCAGGACCACGCGCGCGGCAGCCCGUGGACAGCUUUGUCUUCUGCGCGCUCGUCGUGUCCCGACGCGGGCGAACUGGAAGAGCAGCUGAGGGGCGAAGGCUCACGCAGAGCGCCUGUUGUGACGGGGAACGGCGGGAAAAAAGCGAGAGGGCCCGUCGAUCCACCGCUGGAACCCCAAAGAGGCGAGGCAGCCGUGGGGCGGGCGAACGGCGAAAACGCGACGGUGCAGAGCGCGUCAGCUCGGAUGGCGCGGUCCGGGGCAGACGCGAGAACCGCUGAAGGAGCAGAGAUGGAAAACAGGCCUCGAGUAUUUCGUCUAGGCGAAGGGCGUGAGAAAGGCACCACCUCACGGACCUCCACUUCACCCAGCGCCGUCGGGAGGUCCGGACGAGGCGAGGGUCUCUCUGCGUCUCGACACAGAGUGCAUGUGCGCCUCUCCUCUGUGGAUUCCUCGCUUUCACCUUCGUCGUCGUCGCCUUCACCUUCGUCGUCGUCGCCUUCAUCUUCGUCGUUGUCGCCUUCAUCAUCGUCGUUGUCGCCUUCGUCUUCGUCGUUGUCGCCUUCGUCUUCGUCGUUGCCUUCGCGUUCCCAGUCUUUGUCUUCGCGAUCAGAGUCUCUGUCCCCUCCUCGCUCGCUGUCCUCGUCGUCGCGCAGCGCGUCUCCGCGGCGGCGAGAGGAGCCUCGGCCGGUCGAUUCGAGGGCUGCUGGACACGCUGAGAGGCGAGGGAAGCGCGACAAGUCGGCUGCAGGGUUGAGCUUCUUCGACUUGCUCCGUCUCGCUCCGUCGUCCCGGAGCCGAGAGCGGAGAGGGAGACGAAGGGACCGCCGUGCGCCUUCUGUUUCCCCGUCUUCGCCCGGAGUCCCCGAGGCCGAGAGAGAACGCUCGGUGCGGGAACAGACCUAUGUGGGCGCGGGAGCUGGAGGAGGCGCAACCCAGAGCUCGCCGCGCAGCCAGUCACCGCGAGAGACGAAGGUUCGCCGCGACGUCCGAAAGGACAAGGCAGAGGAAGCGCGAGAGGCGCUGGGAUACGAGCGACAGACGGCGCGGGUGAAGAAGGAGGUUGAGGAAGCACGCGGCGCGGGGCGACUGGGGGAAGAAGGAAGAAAAGAUCGCGAGAGGAAGGGAGACAGCGUGGACGAAGGCGGAGACGCGCAGCGUCGUCAGAGCGCAGACCAGUUGAACCCAGGGAGUGAUCUGAAGAGCAGCGGUUCUCUCACCAACUCUUCACAGUCUCUGCGCUUCGCUUCCCCCUUCUCGCCGUCGCCGUCUGCGGCCUCACCGCCCUCGUCUCCCCGCUCGCAGCCUGUCCUCGUGUCAUCCGCCGGGUUGUCCUGCGUCCUGUCGGACUCUUCCCAGACGACGGCGCCGCCAUCAACAGCGCCGGGGGCGUCCGUCGAUCAGCCGACGCAGAGCCCAGAGCGCAGCGACACGCCGUGCACAACGCCGCAGGACAGUCACGUUGAUUUGGAGAAGGCGGAGGGUACACUCCGCGAACAGGCCGAAGGAGGAAACGGGCGAAAAGGCGCUGCCGAUGCGAAAGAGGCGGUAGGCGAUCGCAAGGUGGGCUAUCAGUCGCGUGCGAGUCUGGAGUCUUGCGCUUCCCGAUCCACGGCAUCUCGCGCCUCUCUCGCCUCUUCGUUUUCGUCGUGUGGUUUCUCGUCCUCGCUGGCGUCUUCGCAUUGUGAAUGUGGAGGCCCGACCAGCUCGUCGUGGACAGAUGAAGAGUCCGAAAGGAGGCCGGAGAAGAGGGAGAGGCCGACAAGGAAUGAGGCGACGCGCACAGCGGACUCAUCCCUCGUGCCGACAUCUUCCACCCCGACGCGCCCUGAGGGCCCAUCCUGGAACGCUGCGCUGUCCCGACGCUAUUCAGAUCAGCCUGAGGCGCAUCAUCCACACAGCGAGGGCGGCCUUGAUUCCUCUCCUGCUGGGCCUUCCUCGCCCCCGUUCCGCUCCCCUCCCUCUUGCUCUUCGUCGUCUUCCUCGUCCUCCCCUACUUCCUGUUCUGCGUCGUCCUCUUCUUCAUCCUCUCCUUCCCCGACGUCCUGUUCUUCUUCAUCUGUUUCGUCUUCUUCGCCUCCCUCUUCUUCCUCCCCUCCCUCGGCUUCUUCCUCCUCUUCUUCGUCCUCAUCUUCGUCCUCGUCUUCUUCGUCCUCAUCUUCGUCCUCGUCUUCUUCGUCCUCGUCUUCCUCUUCUUACUCUGCGUACUGUUCCGUCGCGCCUCGAGCGGGAUCUGAGCUGGAGGGUUCGGGUUCUUCCCGAGAGUCGUCUGUCGCCUCUAGCUCUUCGUUUCCGCCCGGCGCGUCUCGCCAGUCGGCCCCCGCUCAAACCGUGCCCAAGUCGAAGUUCCAGUGGGUGAACCUCGACCGACUACCCCUCACGUCGCAAGUGGCGUUCGACGAUUUCGCGCAGGUCGUCCGCCGGCGCGCCUGUGCCGGUCGCCUCUGUGGCUUCUGUUGCUGCUGCAUUGGCUGCAGUACAGACAGCGCGCACCCACCGGCGGGCAGUGCACCCGCGUCCGCGUCGCGGAAAGACGGCGCCUGCACGUGCGUCUGUGGGACGUGCUGCUGCCGAGAUCGGCAGAGUCCGGACUCGGAAGAAGGGCUGAAGCGGCGUGCCUCGACGGCGCAUGUGUCGCGCCAGGCCGCGCUCGAUCUCUCCUUUCUCUUUGAUAUGCGGGACGGCGGAGCGCUUGCCUCGGGGUUCUCUGGGUUCUCGAGCGCGGGUCAGGCGCCGCUUGCGGGGUCCGCGGCGCCCUCGAUGGCGACGUUCCUCGCCACGCGCCUGCCGUCGUUCCACGCGGGCCUUCCUCCAGCCCGUCUGGCGGAGCUCCAGGCGAACGCGGCGGCGCGGCUGGCCGCGACGAUGGCGAACAAGGUUGCGCUGGCGGCGCGCUUUCUGGUGCAUGCGCCCGCGAACCACCUGGUCAUUCCGUCAGUCGACCUGUUUGUGGACCAGCGGAAACUGCGGUCGCUUAUGAUGGUUCCGAAGCGGAGCGUCACGGAGCAGGUGAUGCGCAUCCUCCAGCGCCUGCCGCGGUUUGCCUUGCCGCUGUACGAGUCGUUUCUGCUCGAGCAGGUGUGCGAAGACCCGGUCCUCCACCCGCGUCUCCAGGGGCUGGAGAUCCCCUUCCGCCUCCUGACGCACGACUUUGUUUUCCUGGGCAGCUACGCGUACCUCGCAGAUCUCCCGCCCUGGUCACGCCCCCCCGUCAAGGUCCUGCGCAUCUACAAAUUCCAGCAGCUGCAGCUGGUGGAUGCGGGCGAGAGCCGCGAGGUCCCGGGCGUGUCGUCUCCGCGGCGCGGAGACAGAUUCGCGCGCGGCCGCAGCGAUGCGCUCAACCCCACUGAGGCGGCGCUCGACGCCGGAGGGUGGCGAGGCAGGCGGGCACUUGUUUCCCGUGGCGGCAGGCCGGGAGGGAGCGACCGCAUGGAAAGCCACGGCAGCGACGCCCACACGGCGUCCAGCUCCUCGACGUCGGGAUGGGGGUCCGAGGCCCGAGAGACGUCGGACGCGCGGACUGUCUCGACCCUGGACGGAACUGCGAGCGCGGUUCUUUGGAGACGCGGCGCGAGCGGCGGGGACGACAGCCGCCUCGAGUCGGCCUCGUCCGCCGAGGGCCAGCUCUCGAGCGCAGGGCGGGCGUGGGUGGAGGGGGACACGCGCGCGAGAGAGAUGCGAAGAGCCUCGGGGGCGAUGAACGAGGACGAGACUCUGGGCAGUUCUUCCCCGAGUCUGGGCCCUCGCCCCAGAGGCAGCACCUACGCCGCGCCGCGGUAUGGAGCGCGGCCGGAUGACCUCGAGGCGGAGCAUCUGCAAGGUCUCGCGCUGUACAAUUUGAAGCUGCUGAUCCGCGACUUUGAGGAGACGCUCGAAGUCGUCGAACUCCAUUACGGAGAAAUGUUCUUCAUUGAGGGCGACGUGUUUGCCUACUUUCGCGGGAUUGCGGCGUUCAUGGAAGACCAGCACUUUCAGCUAGAAAGCAUCAAGUGCCGGCGGAAGGACGGACCGCCUAUCGCCCUGCGGCCUCAAGGCGCUGCUGCGUUUCCAGGAGGCGGGGGGCGAACGUUUGACCGGGCGGGCUGGAGCUGGGGAGGAGAAGGCCGCCGGCGACCGGGCGCGAGCGGACGUGGCGACCGCGAGGAACAGCCGCAAGCACGCAGCAGCCGGAAGGCGUGCGGGAUGUGUUGUCGCUGCGCGGCGCGGCAGGCGGCGACGGCUGCCUGCCGUGAAAGAGAGGUGGGGGCCGAGGGAGAAGCAGCGAGCGACGCGCGAGAGGAGCGAGAGCGAACAGGCCGAGAGUGGAGAGGUCGGGACAGCGACGCAAACCCUUCCUCCGAAGAGGAAGAGGGAGGCUGGAGGAGAAGACGCCAGGAGCUGCGGGGGUUCCGAGAUGAAGGCGGCUGGGGGAACGCGCGGAGACAGGGGCGGGAGGGCGCCGAGGGCGGAAGGAGAGAAGACCUUGAUGCGGCCGCGGGCUUCGGCACGUACGCCCCAGGUCCAGGGGGACGCGACUCCGACUCGGAGACGGAGGACGACGGCGCAGGAGACGAGACAGACGAUGAAGACGUCGAUGGAUUUGUUCGCUCGCGAACGAUUGUCGAUGAGGUCUACGGCGCGCGAGAUGAAGGUGGAAUCGGUUCGGGACUUGCGAGGACCUUCACGAAUUUUGUCCGGGCUCUCGACACGAGCCGACGCCGGCGCACAGACGUCGUCGUCGAGGGGUCGGUUGCCCCGUCGUUCUUUGGCGUCGGGUCUUCGCCGUUGUCACCUUUGUCGCCUUCUCCCGGCUUUGCAGCCGGCCGCAGCCGUCGCGACGACUGGGGCGUUCGCGGCUCAAAGGUGGCCAUUCAUUCCGUGACGUUCGUGAAGAAACCGCCGAGUCUCUUUCCGCCGAGUCUCUUCGAGGAGACAGAAAGGCCGCCUGGCCGGGAGCGACAGGCGCGCCAGAGCGGCGAGGCGGGAGGCGCCAGUGGGGGCGCGGGAGACAGAGAAGGAGACUGGGAACAGGGCGCGGAGGGCGAGGCGGGACGUGGCGAAGGCGCGCAGCCCCAUGGGCGCCGCGCGACGUUCCUCGGCUAUCUGCUGGGCGACGAGGAGGUCGAUGAGGACGACGAUCUUCUCACCUUUCUUGAUAGCGCCUGGUAUUAG